CAUCUGUAUACACUCGCCGCGAUAGCUAAGCUAAGCGACCUGCGCUUGGCACUUUACGAAGCUGUACGACGCGAAGAAGCGGUGGCUGCAGCUGCGGCCGUUCUGAACGCGCAUCCCCCCGCUCCUCUUCCCAUCGCCCCGAGGGAACGAGCUUGCUAUUCUGAGCGUUAUUCUCUCCCACCUCAACUCCCUAGUGGCGCCUGUUCUUACUAUAUUUUUCGCGACCAGGACGGCGUUGUCGUCGGAGCUCCAGCCAGUCGUUCAAGACCCCGUGCCUCGGUGCCAAGAAACGGAACGGACCAGUUUGCUGCUGCCGCCGCCCCUCGACCGCCCCGCCGCCGCCGCCGCCACCACCGCCACCAUUGCUCUUCGCCGUAGUAACCUUUGCCGGUGGUGCGCCGUCCUCGACCCGUCGCCGUCGUCCUCGCCAUCACCGGGCACCGAUCUGCCGCCGCGAAUGGAAAGCCGCGGCCUGGGCCUCAGCUCGCGACUCUUCAACCAGUUCAUCCUGCUCAAACGCACCUCCUACGAUCCCAUCCUUCGGUUGAGAACGGAAAGAUGAAACUCGAGGAGUGCAGGAUUGCCACCAUGGAGGUGCGAGCCCUGUCUCUGAGGGCCAAGCUGCGCAAGUUCGCCAAGGAGCAUUUCUUCCUGCUCUUCACGCUAGGCGGCGUCGUGGCCGGUGUGGUGCUGGGCCUCGGACUGCGACAGGCGAGCCCCAGCGAGUCCACCAUCAUGCUGCUCGGCAUGCCUGGCGAGGUGUUCAUGCGGUGCCUGCGCAUGCUCGUACUUCCCAUGAUGAUCGCCAGCAUCAUCACAGGCAGCGCCAACCUGAGCGGUAAGGCUAAAGGCAAGAUGGCCCUGCUGACAUUCGCCAUUUUCAUCGGCACCAGCUUCGUGUCGGCACUCAUUGGGCUGUCGUUCGUCACCAUUAUCCAUCCCGGAAGCCCCGAGCUCAAGUCUGAGCUCGAUGUUGAGGACGAAGUAAAGGCCAGUGCACACCUGCUAGACACAUUUCUGGACCUCGUCAGAAAUGCGUUUCCCGAAAACCUCGUAGAGGCUUGCGUUGAGCAGGGUUACACAUCGUAUGAGAAGAAAAAUGUUUCAAUAAGAGGAGAACAGGCGAAAGAAAUUUCGAAGAGGAACUGGUCGAGAAGAAGCGGAACCAACUCCUUAGGCUUAAUCGUUUUCUGCGUCGUCUUCGGGGGCGCAUUAGGCACACUCGGCAAGCCAGUUGAAAUCUUGAAGCAGUUCUUCGCGGCACUGGACGUGGUCAUUAUGAAGCUCGUCUUCCUUGUCAUGUGGAUGACACCAGUGGGAGUGAUGAGCCUGCUGUGCGCGCGCAUCCUUUCGGUGGGCAGCAUCGUGGCGUUGUUCCACCAGAUGGCGCUACUCGUCGCCACCGUGCUGUCGGGUCUCGCCGUCGAACUGUUCGUGGUCGAGUGCCUGCUGUAUUUCUUGGUGACGCGGAAGAAUCCGUUCAAGUUUCUCGGCGAGCUCGCGUACGUGGGACUGUGCGCCUUCGUCACGGCCGCCAGUGCACCGGUGAUGCCGUUGACGCUCAAGUGCCUGGAAGAGAACUGUGGGCUCGACAAGCGCGUCACGAGGUUCGUGGUGCCAGUCGGCGUCACGGUCAACAUGAACGGCACUGCACUCUUCAUCACAGUCUGCAGCAUCUUCAUCGCGCAGCUCAACGACAUCGCCAUCUCGUCGGGAGACUACUUCGCUGUCCUAAUCACGGCGACAGCUGUGAGCGUAGCAGCGACAUCGGUUCCCAGCGCAGCUCUCUUCCUCAUGGUGAUGACGCUGUCUGUUAUCGGCGCACCGGUCAGCGACGUCAGCCUCCUGUUCACCGUCGAAUGGCUACUCGACCGCGCGCGGACGACAAACAACUGCUUGGGCGACUGCUUCACGAGCGCAUUGGUGGACCACAUAUGCUUCCGGAAAAAGCCUUGCGAACUCAACGAGGUCGUCGUCGUCGCCGCUGACGACGGAGCGGCCGAGAAACUGCGAGACUCGACGCUGUGAUCGAAAUCCCGCAACUACAUACGAUCCAAGAACGCUCACAACGAUUCUCAUUCGUACGCGGUGCUACGAAAAAAAAAAGAAAGCGUGCCGCAAUGCAACGAACUCGCACAGUGCAAGAUGUAGUACAU